AUGGACGCGUCACAGUCACACAGCAACAACCCUAAUCUGAAUCCGAAUCCGCUGGCUUCAUCGGUGCCGAUUUGGCCGACGAUCGACGGCUCACUAGGUCUGUCGGAGGAAGAAUCGGUCAAGUACGCUAGAAGAUUCUACAAAUUCGGUUUCGCACUUCUUCCUCUUCUUUGGGCCGUCAAUUGCUUCUACUUCUGGCCCGUUAUUCGACACUCCCACUCCUUCCCUCGCAUUCGCCCAUAUGUUGUUGGGUCUGCAGUUGGGUUUACUCUUUUCUCGGCGGUUCUUUGUUCUUGGGCUCUUACAUUUUCCAUUGGAGGGGAACGCCUCUUUGGCCCUGUGUGGGAUCAGUUGGUUAUGUACAAUCUUGCUGAUAGGUUAGGCUUAGUGGGCUGGAGCUAG